UCACCUUGGACACAAUUUUUAGAAUAUGAGGAAAAAUUACCAAUGGUCUUAAAUAUUUCGAUUUUAUACAUAUAAAAAAAGAAGAAAUAUAUAUAUGUAUAUACUGUGUAUAUUGCAACCGCGUGAACUAUAAGCAAUACCGCUUAUUUUGCCUACGUGAAAAAGCGCCGUCUCUUGAUAAAUUAACAGAAUCUCAUUGACAUUCGUUGAGCAAAUACUAUGGAUAAUAAAACGCAACAAAGAGCCAAUAUUAAAUUUUGUGCCAAACUGAAAAUACCAGUGGUCGAAACGAACAAAAUGUUAAACAAGGUGUAUAGUCAGGAUUGUUUUCAGCGUACAAAUAUUUAUAAAUAUUAUAAUCAAUUUCUUAAUAAAGGUAGAGAGGAUAUCUCAGACGGUCAUUCAGUACCACGAAAAUCAAUUAGUCGUUCCGAAAAAGAGAAAAUGGUGCUUGAAAUUUUUCGAUCGGACCGCUAUAUGCAAUCUGUAAUACUCAUCGCGAAGCUUACCGACAUAACUAAACAAACUGUAUGCAAUAUUCUGGAUAAAGAUUUGCGCAAAUGUAAGAUUGAUAACCGCUUUGUACCGCGCACGCUGAGAGACGAUCAAAAAGACGCCAGAGAAAAGCACUGCAAAGACAUGCUAAAAGCAGCUAAUACUGAUCCAAAUUUUAUGAAAAAUAUCGUAAUUUGUGGCAAAACAUGGUUUUACCAAUAUGAGCCACUCCCAGAGCAGCAGAACCGAAAAGGGACAAAAUCAAAAAAUGUGCGCAUGCAGAAGGGCCCAAUCAAGGCAUUGCUCACCGCUUCUUUGACUCAAAAGGAAUCGUCCACAAGGAAUUUAUGCCGGAAGAUCAAACGGCAGACGCUGCUUAUUAUUUAAAAGUUCUGAAUCGCUUGUGGCGCAAGAUUUCUGAAAUUCCUGAAUACCAAGAGCAAGGGUCUUGGUUUCUUUUACACGAUUAUGCACCGGAACACAAAUCUAAGAUUGUAUGCGAUUUCUUGGCCACAAAUCACAUCACAACGCUCGAACAUCCCCCGCAUUCGCCUGAUUUGGCUCCAUAUGACUUUUGGUUGUUCCCACAACUCAAAUCGGCGAUAAAAGGAAAGCGAUACAAUAAUAUUCCCGACAUGGAACAGGCUUUGACCGUGGCUUUAGAGGCGAUUAAGAAAAAAGAGUACAAAGACUGUUUCGAAAAGCU